AUGGCGCUCAAGCCGGUUUGGGCGUAUCCUGGAAAAAUUGGUGGUGGUGGUGACGCGUAUUGGAAGCCAAUGUUAGGUGGAAGAGAGGAGGGCAUAGAUGGUGGUGGAGAUUGGACAGGAGGUGAGGGGGAUUGCAUUGUUGGCUGUGGAGAUUGGACUAGUGGUGGUGAUGGAGAAUGUGUUGAUGGCGAGGAAGAUGAUGCAGGUUGUGCUUGGCUUGGUGGAGAUUGGCCAGUUUGUGCGGAUUCGACAGGAGAUGCGGAUUGUGUUGAAGGUGUAGGAGACGACACAGGUUGCGCUGGACUUGGUGGAGAUUGGCUAGAUGGUGGGGAUUGGACAGGAGAUUGGGAUUGUGUUGAAGGUGUUGGAGAUGAUACAAGUUGCGUUGGACUUGGUGGAGAUUGGCUAGAUGGUGGGGAUUGGACAGGAGAUGGGGAUUGUGUUGAAGGCGUUGGAGAUGACACAAGUUGUGUUGGACUUGGUGGAGAUUGGCUAGAUGGUGGGGAUUGGACAGGAGAUGGGGAUUGUGUUGAAGGAAUUGGAGAUGAGACUGGUUGUGCUGGGCUGGGUGGAGAUUGGCCAGUUUGUGCAGAUUGGGUAGGAGAUGGGGAUUGUGUUGAAGGUGUAGGAGAUGACACAGGUUGUGCUGAACUUGAUGGAGAUUCGCUAGAUAGUGGAGAUUCGACAGGAGAUGGGGAUUGUGUUGAAGGUGUUGGAGAUGACACAGGUUGUGCUUGGCUUGGUGGAGAUUGGCCAGUUUGUGCUGAUUGGAUAGGAGAUAAGGAUUGUGUUGAAGGUGUUGGAGAUGACAUAGGUUGUGCUGGACUUGGUGGAGACGGGCUAGAUGGUGAGGAUUGGACAGGAGAUGGGGAUUGUGUUGAAGGUGUUGGAGAUGACACAGGUUGUGCUGGACUUGGUGGAGAUUCGCUAGAUGGUGGGGAUUGGACAGGAGAUGGGGAUUGUGUUGAAGGUGUAGGAGAUGACACAGGUUGCGCUAGACUUGAUGGAGAUUGGAUACUUUGUGGGGAUUGGACAGGAGAUGGGGAUUGUGUUGAAGGUGUUGGAGAUGACACAGGCUGUGCUGGACUUGGUGGAGAUGGGCUAGAUGGUGAGGAUUGGACAGGAGAUGGGGAUUGUGUUGAAGGUGUAGGAGAUGACACAGGUUGCGCUAGACUUGAUGGAGAUUGGAUACUUUUUGGGGAUUGGACAGGAGAUGGGGAUUGUGUUGAAGGUGUUGGAGAUGACACAGGCUGUGCUGGACUUGGUGGAGAUGGGCUAGAUGGUGAGGAUUGGACAGGAGAUGGAGAUUGUGUUGAAGGUGUUGGAGAUGUCACAGGUUGCGCUGGAAUUGGUGGAGAUUCGCUAGAUGGUGGGGAUUGGACAGGAGAUGGGGAUUGUGUAGAAGGUAUUGGAGAUGACACAGGUUGCGCUGGACUUGGUCGAGAUUUGCUAGAUGGUGAGGAUUGGACAGGAGAUGGGGAUUGUGUUGAAGGUGUUGGAGACAACGCAGGUUGCAUUGGACUUGGUGGAGAUUCGCUAGAUGGUGGGGAUUGGACAGGAGAUGGGGAUUGGGUUGAAGGUGUUGGAGAUGACACAGGUUCCGCUGGACUUGGUGGAGAUUCGCUAGAUGGUGGGGAUUGGACAGGAGAUGGGGAUUGGGUUGAAGGUGUUGGAGAUGACACAGGUUGCGCUGGACUUGGUGGAGAUUCGCUAGAUGGUGGGGAUUGGACAGGAGAUGGGGAUUGUGUAGAAGGUGUUGGAGAUGACACAGGUUGCGCUGGACUUGGUGGAGAUUCGCUAGAUGGUGAGGAUUGGACAGGAGAUGGGGAUUGUGUUGAAGGUGUUGGAGAUGACACCGGUUGCGCUGGACUUGCUGGAGAUUGGCUAGAUGGUGAGGAUUGGACAGGAGAUGGGGAUUGUGUUGAAGGUGUUGGAGAUGACACCGUUUGCGUUGGACUUGGUGGAGAUUGGCUAGAUGGUGGGGAUUGUACAGGAGAUGGGGAUUGGGUUGAAGGUGUUGGAGAUGACACAGGUUGCGCUGGACUUGGUGGAGAUUCGCUAGAUGGUGGGGAUUGGACAGGAGAUGGGGAUUGGGUUGAAGGUGUUGGAGAUGACACAGGUUGCGCUGGACUUGGUGGAGAUUCGCUAGAUGGUGGGGAUUGGACAGGAGAUGGGGAUUGUGUAGAAGGUGUUGGAGAUGACACAGGUUGCGCUGGACUUGGUGGAGAUUCGCUAGAUGGUGAGGAUUGGACAGGAGAUGGGGAUUGUGUUGAAAGUGUUGGAGAUGACACAGGUUGUGCUGGACUUGGUGGAGAUGGGCUAGAUGGUGAGGAUUGGACAGAAGAUGGGGAUUGUGUUGAAGGUGUUGGAGAUGUCAGAGGUUGCACUGGACUUGGUGGAGAUUCGCUAGAUGGUUGGGAUUGGACAGGAGAUGGGGAUUGUGUAGAAGGUGUUGGAGAUGACACAGGUUGCGCUGGACUUGGUGGAGAUUCGCUAGAUGGUGAGGAUUGGACAGGAGAUGGCGAUUGUGUUGAAGGUGUUGGAGAUGACACAGGUUGUGAUGGACUUGCUGGAGAUUGGCUAGAUGGUGAGGAUUGGACAGGAGAUGGGGAUUGUGUUGAAGGUGUUGGAGAUGACACAGGUUGUGCUGGGCUUGGUGGACAUGGGCUAGAUGGUGAGGAUUGGACAGGAGAUGGGGAUUGUGUAGAAGGUGUUGGAGAUGACACAGGUUGCGCUGCACUUGGUGGAGAUUCGCUAGAUGGUGAGGAUUGGACAGGAGAUUGGGAUUGGGUUGAAGGUGUUGGAGAUGACACAGGUUGCGCUGGACUUGCUGGAGAUUGGCUAGAUGGUGAGGAUUGGACAGGAGAUGGGGAUUGCGUUGAAGGUGUUGGAGAUGACACAGGUUGCGCUGGACUUGGUGGAGAUUCGCUAGAUGGUGUGGAUUGGACAGGAGAUGGGGAUUGUGUUGAAGGUGUUGGAGAUAACACAGGUUGUGCUGGACUUGGUGGAGAUGGGCUAGAUGGUGAGGAUUGGACAGGAGAUGGGGAUUGUGUUGAAGGUGUUGGAGAUGACACAGCUUGUGCUGGACUUGGUGGACAUGGGCUAGAUGGUGAGGAUUGGACGGGAGAUGGGGAUUGUGUUGAAGGUGUUGGAGAUGACACAGGUUGUGCUGGACUUGGUGGACAUGGGCUAGAUGGUGAGGAUUGGACAGGAGAUGGGGAUUGUGUUGAAGGUGUUGGGGAUUGUGUUGAAGGUGUUGGAGAUGUCACAGGUUGCGCUGGACUUGGUGGAGAUUCGCUAGAUGGUGGGGACUGGACCGAAGAUGGGGAUUGUGUAGAAGGUGUUGGAGAUGACACAGGUUGUGCUGGACCUGGUGGACAUGGGCCAGAUGGUGAGGAUUGGACGGGAGAUGGGGAUUGUGUUGAAGGUGUUGGAGAUGACACAGGUUGUGCUGGACUUGGUGGACAUGGGCUAGAUGGUGUGGAUUGGACAGGAGAUGGGGAUUGUGUUGAAGGUGUUGGAGAUGUCACAGGUUGCGCUGGACUUGGUGGAGAUUCGCUAGAUGGUGGGGAUUGGACCGGAGAUGGGGAUUGUGUAGAAGGUGUUGGAGAUGACACAGGUUGUGCUGGACUUGGUGGACAUGGGCUAGAUGGUGAGGAUUGGACAGGAGAUGGGGAUUGUGUUGAAGGUGUUGGAGAUGACACAGGUUGCGCUGGACUUGGUGGAGAUUCGCUAGAUGGUGGGGAUUGGACGGGAGAUGGGGAUUGUGUUGAAGGUGUUGGAGAUGACACAGGUUGUGCUGGACUUGGUGGACAUGGGCUAGAUGGUGAGGAUUGGACAGGAGAUGGGGAUUGUGUUGAAGGUGUUGGAGAUGACAUAGGUUGCGCUGGACUUGGUGGAGAUUCGCUAGAUGGUGGGGAUUGGACGGGAGAUGGGGAUUGUGUUGAAGGUGUUGGAGAUGACACAGGUUGUGCUGGACUUGGUGGACAUGGGCUAGAUGGUGAGGAUUGGACAGGAGAUGGGGAUUGUGUUGAAUGUGUUGGAGAUGACAUAGGUUGCGCUGGACUUGCUGGAGAUUGGCUAGAUGGUGAGGAUUGGACAGGAGAUGGGGAUUGUGUUGAAGGUGUUGGAGAUGACACAGGUUGCGCUCGACUUGGUAGAGAUUCGCUAGAUGGUGGGGAUUGGACAGGAGAUGGGGAUUGUGUAGAAGGUGUUGGAGAUGACACAGGUUGUACUGGAGUUGGUGGAGAUUCGCUAGAUUGUGGGGAUUUGACAGAUGAUGGAGACUGUGUUGCAGGUGUGGGAGAUGAUGUAGGUUGCUCUAGGCUUGCUGGAGAUUGGCUAAGUGGCAGGGAUUGCACAUGCGAGAGAGAUUGUGUUGAAGGUGUGGGAGAUGAUGUAGGUUGUUCUUGGCUUGGAGUAGAUUCUUCGGAUGGUUGGGAUUGGACAGGCGAUUGCGAUUGUAUUAAAGGCGGGGGAGAUGAGACAGGUUGUGUUGGAGUUGGUGGAGAUUCGCUAGAUGGUGGGGAUUGGACAGGCGAUGGAGAUUGUAUUGCAGGCAUUGGAGAUGAGACUGGUUCUGGUUGGCUUGGUGGGGAUUGUACAGGCGAUGGAGAUUGUGUUGAAGGUGUGGGAGAUGAUGUAGGUUGCUCUAGGCUUGCUGGGGAUUGGCUAAGUGGUAGGGAUUGCGCAGGUGAUGGGGAAUGUGUUGAAGGUGCGGGAGAUGAUGUAGAUUGUGCUUGGCUUGGAGCAGAUUCUUCCGAUGGUUGGGAUUGGACAGGAGAUGGGGAUUGUGUUGAAGGUGUUGGAGACGACACAGGUUGUGCUGGAGUUGGUGGAGAUUCGCUAGAUGGUGGGGAUUGGACCGACGAUGGAGAUUGUAUUGGAGGUGUUGGAGACAAAACAGGUUGUUCUGAAGUUGGUGGAGAUUCGCUAGAUGGUGGGGAUUGA